AUGGAUAAUUGCAUUUGUUCCGAUGAGUUAACCUCAGAAUUAUCUUUUAAGGAAUUUGAAGUAGCUUUGAAUUCCUUGAAAAGAAACAAAGCAAUAGGAGCAGAUGAAAUUAAUGGAAAUGUAAUUAUAGACUGUUUCGAUAUUUUAAAACAUGUUCUUUUUAAAGUUUUUAAAGCUUCUAUUAACCAAGAAAUAUUUCCAGAACAAUUAAAAGUUGCUAAAAUUACUCCUAUUUUUAAAGAGGGCGACAGAUCGAAUAUUAGCAACUAUCGUUCCAUCUCUGUUCUUUCGUACAUGGUGAUCUUAUUCAAACGUACAAAAUACCUAUUUUGCAGACUAAAUGCCAGCAGCAACAUGGUGUAUUCUACUGGAAUUAUGCAAAAAGGAAAAGGUGUUUUUCUGGCAUUUUCAAAGUGCCUAAGCCAGCUGAAUGGACGAGGAAGAUUCUUCCAAAAAUCAAAGGCAACUGCAGCACACCAGGUUAAAAAGUGUGCUCCGUGUAUAGAAGCAGUUUUUCUUUCAUAA